AAAUGAAAGUUACUUGAAAUGGCGUCCAAAAAUAUAGAAACAAAUUUGAUGUGUAGCAAUUGCGAAGAUGUAAUCCCAUUCGAUAACAUGUUCAAAUGUGUCACAUGUUCAGAUGCAGUAACUGACCCAAUCCCACCUUUAGCAGUGUUCUGUGACGGAUGCGUGAUAUCUCAUAUCAAAAAGAGUCACAAAAUUAAUGACAACCGAGGAUUCGAACCAUCUGUCUGUAAAGAUCAUAAGCAAUUAUGCUCUGAGUUCUGUAAAACGUGCAAAAAGUUGUGUUGUGUUAAGUGUCUGAGAGACCACAUCAAGCAUGAGUUCGAGCCUCUGAAAAAGAAAGCUUCGGAAGUCAGAGCGAAAGUAUUUGAAGCUCUAACACAAUGGGAGUUGAACGAGAAACCAGCGCGAGCUAAGAAAGAAUUGGUCUCGGCUACUCUAGUGAGUCGCAGAGAAGAUGCCGAGAAAUUGAUUGACUAUGUUGAACAGAAAAUAGAGGAAAGUAAAACAAAGAUUGUUCUCGAAAUCCGAAGCAAGUUGAUUGGUGUGGAAAAUUCCGAAGAGUACGUCGAUGCUCAUGUUAAGAAAGUAGUUGAUCUGCAGAGGGAUUUGAGAAACUUACUGCAAAGCUCAGAAGGCGUGAUGGUUGAAAGUUUUCCGCGGACUUUGGUACAAAUUGAAAUAUGUUCAAGUUUGCAAAAACAAAUCGAAGCCUUGAAUUUUGAUGGUGUGAAUGAAAUUGCAGACAUUGGAAGUUUAGACGCUGAUUUUGAAAAGUUUCUUGAUAAGAUCAAAGUGCAAUUUGAAAGUGCCUGCGAGGAAAAAAAGAAGAGCGUUGUUUCUUGCAACGCCGGCUCAACUAAAUAUAAAAAGCGCCGGUACCUCUUUAACCUUCGUGAUGAUGAUGAUUUAGCAAUCGAAAUCGAAAUUCAACCUAAUGGUUAUAGUAUUCAGAAAUGUGUCAUUGACUCAGGUGCGAAUCUUGUGAAUGCAAAUAUUGUGACUAAUUUAGGUCUAAAUUCUGUCGAGUAUGUCUAUUGCAUCAGUGGCUGGUGGAUUCUGCUCUUAUUUGUCGACAAAUCUGUCUGUAUUCUUUGGGCUAACGACGGUACUAAGAUGAAGAAAAUAGACCUGAUAAAAAGGAUGUUAUAGUCGUCGAGAGGUGCCCAAUACAUUCUGAUGUGGACAUCAUACCCUUUUCUGUUCACCAUUUGAACUUCAUAGACUGUAUAUCUUGCGGAGAAUUGGAUUUGAAAAGUACCACAGGUGUAUAUGUGAUAUUGUGGUCCAAGGAAUCGAAUCUAGCAAAGAUUUUGAGUAAAAGUGGAGGGGGAUGGGCAGUUAAAGAGAGCAUACGUUUGAGCCCUCUACCAACAUGCUACUCGAGUACUAUACGGCAGUAUCUCAUUCCAAAAGUUUUUUGCACUUCUAAAAAGAUUUACGUGUAUGCUUUUCUGGUGUUCAAGGAUCUGAUUAGUGAAGAAUGUCUGACGGAUAGCAAAUAUUAGACCAUCUAUCUCUUCUUUUGAAUUGCUGCUUUGAUUUAUACACCGUUCAAAAGUCUUAUCAUCUCAAGAUGCUUGUUGAGCUACUCGUAACUGAUAUUAAGUUGUCAUUUAUAUAAAAAUUUAAAAUACGUAGAAGAUUCUUAUGUAACUUUCUUCUUUGUAGUUUUCGAACAGUUUUAGGCAAUAUCUUAUGGUGCAAUGAAAUUUGAAAUCAAUCCAACAUAAUAAUAUAUUUUUAUCUUAUGUUUUUGUUUUUGUGCCUUGAGAAAUUGUAUCGUUAAUGGUAAUAUAAA